AUGCCGGCAUUUGAAUUAAAAUUUUUGUCCACGUUUUUCUCGGCAUGGCUGGGAAAAGGCGAAACUAGGAGCAUAAGCAGCGCCAUUCUCGUGCACGUUAUCGAUUCCGGACAGUGUGUAGACCCCAAUGAGGCAUUUCGUGUGAUCUAUAAGGUCCCAUCCAGCUAUCCUAAACCACUGGAACAGCACCUGUUAUCAACAGCAGAGACGGCCGCCAUCAGGUUACUAAAACCGACCCUAUGCGCCCAGAAGAACCACGCUCAGGCUCCGCGCCUACAGUGGUCGACGGUCGACUAACGCUACAACUCCCCCGCGCCCUCCCGCUCUCACCCCGCCCCUGACACUGACUGCUAUUACCCCCCCCCCUCUCCCACACCCAGCCUGUGUUUUAAGGCGAACUUUAAUCGACUUACGAUAUCAGUGAAGUGUUUUUACCUCUACCCCUUCCCAUAUAAUUGUACUGGCCCGACGAGAAUUUACCGAAAGCUACGUAUGCUCGCCACCUCGUCUUCUGAGAAUCGAUUUUAUAAGAGCAUCGGAAACCAAUGAGGAAAUUUCAUCCUACUUAAGCAGUCAUUUUUGCAGUUUUUAGCUUUCGCAGGCGGCCGAGUGUAAACUCAUUCAAAAGUCGGCAUCCUGGCGUGACUGAAAUAUCUUAGGGUUAUGCUGCACUAUAAUCAAUAUCACGACCCGAUUUAAGUAAUAUUGUUGAGUCGAAAACAUAUUACAGAAUCUCGGUUAACAUUUUCUGUGAUAAUACAUCUACUAUAGGCUCAUCUUUCGUGACUUUCAGCACCUACUGUUUGCCGCAUUCAUUCGUAUGUUGUCGAAUGUAGUACAACAAAUUUUUUACACUUUUUGAACUCACCUGAAGAAUCUCCUUCGAGGAGAUCGUCUGCAGUCUACUGAAUCUUCGUCUCCUGAUGCAACUGGUCGGUGAACUGUCCUUGGCCAAUAUUUCUGCCAUUCCUGAGUCCGUCCAUCGCCUGGUGGCCGUCUACCCAGACGCCGUUUUGAACAGCUCAGAAGGUCAGGACGAUGAUCUUGAGGUACCGAUCACCGACUGCGCCUCACGCUACGGUACGCUUUCUGGUCCCCACUCUCUUUCCUUUAGUGCCACCUUCAGAAGCUGGGGUCUGUUAGGUUAUAACGGCACCCAUCACCAUGUUAACUUCUGUUAUCUAUCAUCUACUUAUUUCAACUUUUGUUUAUGUCUGCUUUCUUCGGAAAUCAGGAUAGGGACUAGAACUGUAGCAUUGCUGACUUUUGAUGAAUGUUGGUCAUGAUGGUUUCACAGCGAUUACAGAGGCCAAGAUACUACUUAUUCUCUAUUAGUUGCACGCAGACAACGUGUUCGGGAAUACUUCAGACAAGUUAUUUCUUCAUAGACCCUAAUCGCUUGAAGGAAAUCCCGAUAGGUCGUGCCCUAAGCUCGACUUCCGCUCUUUUUGUUUAACUUUCUCCUGUAUCAUGCGCAAUCCCCUGGAGGUCUUUGUGUCCUCUCUUAUUUAUUUACUGAUCUGUCCUUUCUUACCGAAUCUGCCUCUUCUUGCAGGGCUUGUCCAAUGCGCCUCCCUGGGAACGCGUCUUCGCCUCAUGAAUUGCCUCUGCGCCACCUACUCGGCCUGUUUUGACUUUGACCAGUGCUCCGAGUUGAAGAUCAUCUUCCAACGCUUGCUAAACCUGCCCUUCGCCGCCAACCUCUAUCAACAGGUAACCCUUUUGCUAAUAAAAACGAAGAUGCGAGUUGCAGGAAGUAUUCGCAAGGAGGGAGACACGAUCGCUGGAACAAGAGCGUGUGGGAAUCGAUACUCUUGAACGGCAAAUAAACGCAUCGCAACUGCAUACUUCAACACCUGGCCAGUCGAGCCGUGAUGCACUUGGGAACUACCAACUGUGAUAGGCAUGUAGCGGCCUAGCAACCUCAUCCUAUAAAUAAUGCAGCGCCAAAGCAAUUUAGCGCCCUUAUCUGACUCUGAUGAUGGAUUCGAGUGAGAAUCCGAAACGUCAGGCUAAUAAAGCUCUUGUUCCAGCGAUCGUGUCUCCUUCCCCGCAGGUAACCCUCAGAUUGAUUCGUUAAUUUGAUUAGCAGACCUUGUUCUUCCAGAAUUCCUAAACCACCUACAGUGAGUGACCGAUCUGAAAUUCUGAAAUGCGUUUUCGAUUAGGAAGGAGUACUUAGGCGCGGUUGUAAUACUGAUUAUCUUGCGACGUAAUCCUAUGAUAUUUCGGACUCGUCAGGAUGUCAGCAUUUGAAUGCACUGCUAUUCAAUCUUCUGUAUAAACUGUACUGGGCAAAAAAUGACUACUUAUGUUUCAUGCAUUUUCCCGUUGAUUUUCGAUGGUCUGGCAAAUUCAAAUAUAUGUUAUAGAAACCAUAAACAAAAUAUGCUUUCUUUCAGUCGUUUGAUAGAGAAUCACGUCUUCUUUAUAUUUUCUGCUCAAAGAAGGAGUAUGAUUAGGUUUUAAAAAAGUUUUCUAAUUCCCGAAUAAUCAGGAGCCCGAUCAUUCGUUCCAUUGUGACUUCAGUCUACAAGGUGCAUGCGUUCCGAGUAAAGAACAUCACAUAUUUUUCUAUCCCUUUAAAAAGAUACCAUGCAGGGUCCAUAGAACUUUACAAUGGAUGCGGUCUAUGUUGUACAUUUCAUGAGGAGCAGUCGUAAACGGCCAGGUACGAUGUUGUGUGAAUGGACAUUCCGUGGUCUUAUAAAAUCUCAUAAUUAGAAACUUUUUAAAACCUAAUUAUACUCCUCCGAGUAAAAAAUAUAAAGAAGACGUGAUUAUCUAUCGAACGACUAAAAGAAACAAUAUUUUCAUUCGUGUUUUUUAUAAAAUAUUUUUGAAUUUGCAAGACCAUCGAAAAUAAAUGGGAAAGAUGCAUGCUACAUAAGUAGUCAUUUUUGCCGAGUACGGUUUCUACAGCAGAUUGAAAAGAAGUGCAUUCAAAGGCCGACAUACUGCCGAGUCCGGAAUACUAUAGAAUUAGGCCGCAAGAUAAUCUAUACUACAACCGCGCCCAAGCAAACCUUCCCAAUCAAAAACACAUUUCAGAAUUUCAGCCAACAUUUCAUUAGAUCGGUCACUCACUGUAAUUAAGUAACGAGGAUUGUCACUGCCACGAGGACGCUGUUGUGAGUCGUGCGUUUGCCCGCCCGUGGUGAAGUGAACUUGCGCAGUCCUACGUCACUCUCCGUCUCACUUCAAUGCCCAAACAAGCCCCAGCACCUGAGACGACUGUGUGUGUGUGAAGUCGCUGACGAGGUUAACCGCACUUUUACGCGAACCACACAUGUGCUGGCCUCGGCCAGGAAAACUGCCCUAGGGGCUGCAUUAAAAGGCCAUAUCAGUGCGCGGGAGCACCAAGUUGCCGCGGCAGUUGGGCGCUUUCUAAAUCACAUCCAACUUAAACCGUGUCAGUCACACUUUGGCCCCUUCUGUCCUGUUGACGGUAAGUCCGGACCCAGCAUACUGGAAGUAAGAUUUGAUAAAGUGCUUGACGAGGCCUGAAGCCUCUGUCCAACCUGUGCCACACACAAACGUCCGCAUAUGGUGGCUCACCCGUAACUACUAAUGUUGACAACCACAGUGAAAUCGGCGAUGCUACAACGUCUUUUUCGCCUUUGCUCUCGCAGAGCAAGGAUUAACUACUGUAGGCGCUUCGAACUUUAUGAAGCCUUGCAAGGACCUUUCCAGGAGCGUAAAAUUAGCUGCCACAGAGCACAAUUGAAACAAGCUUUACUGAAGACCCGUGAAUAGGGGUUUGUAUCGCAACCACUUCCUAUGGGGGUCAGCAAUGGUACUGACGUGGUAGGGUCUGAAGCUCCUGUCUCACGUGUUCAUGCCUGAUCUACACGCUCUCGAUGAUGUCGCGAAUUGCACCUUUCCACCCGUGGCAAUAUGCGGUGGUGGUGGGUCGGAAGAGCCCGACCCUUUCUCUUUUCCAUCGACGGAGACCGAAUUCUAAUGAUUCAAGAAACCACCAGUUAUUUAUUUGCCUGUGCUUGCGCAUCUACUUUAUAUUUUUUUUUAUUUUUCUAAGUCCCUGCAACGAAUAACGCGAAAGAUUGGCCUGACCGACAGAAAGGCCAGAUUAUGACACGGCGCUCCCCAACGGGGCUGCGGAGAGUCCACAUGGGGAAGAUGUGGUGGCACGCCUAGGUUCAGGAUCCCGCCACGCCAACCAUGUGCGCCCAGUCCCAGCUGACCGGCUCGGGCAGCGGACUGGUACGUGGAGAGGGAAGGGGCUGAGGUCGACUCCGGGACCUCUGUCCCCACUGUGUUUCAGCGCAUAUGUCUCGCCUUAAACAAUCUGAUGCGCUUGGAGGAGACACGAUCGUUGGGACAAGAGCUUUAUUAGCUUGACGUCUCGGAUUCCUGCUCGAACCCUUAAUGAGAGACAAAAGCAAUCCAGUCCAUUAAAAAGUGCAGUGAUGUCCCCCUUCCAUACUCGGUGCUGAGACUUUGCCUAGGUGGGCUAAUUAGCCACGCGGGGAGCGCACAGGUGAACACUUAUACCAACACCAGAAUCGGUGGAUCAGAUGGUCGAGCAAUCAUCACACCAACAUCCAGCGCACGUGAUGAGAUUGCAGCAAUUAACGACGCGAAUGUCGGCCAUCGAACAAUUAGCACACCAAGUGCAACGAUCCCGGAUGAAGAGAGGAGCCGUGAAUAUUUAUAGGUAUGCGGUGGCAUGGCGACUACAUCCUAUAAAUACUGCAGCCCCUUAUGCAUGAACCAGCCGUAUCUGCUUUUAUCUCUGAUGAUAGGUUUGAGCAGGAAUCUGAAACGUCAGGCUUAUAAAGCUCUUGUCCCAGCGAUCUUGUCUCCUUCUUCAAGACUGCUUCCUGGGACUCGUGUCUUCGCUUCUGUUAGCAAUCUGACGCGCUUUUAAACCACAAGGGUUUUCAAAGGCAUUGCCUAUUACCUUUUAAAUAUACUGACCUAAAAGCCGUGAUGGUUUGAAAGUCUGCCAACUGACUGGCGUACUUGGUACUCUUCACAGGUCCGACAGUUUGAUUGCAAUGGCCCCUUUCUUAGUACUGCAUUUUCACUCGGUCGGGAUCCCAGCCUCCGCCUUGUUUCUGUGAAAAUCUGAUCCUUCGAUCGCUGACCAAUUCGUCUGUGAACGCGCAGAUGGGCUGUUUGGCUUUCUCAGCCACUGCGCCUCCGGCCUUCCUGACUCUAUCUUGCUAGGGAGUCCGAGAGAAUGAGGGACGGAUGCUGUGCAAGACUUCCUCAUUCUAAUCUAAUUCACACGCAGGAUACCCUCCCCGCGCUGGGGGCAGACGUCGCACAUCGUCGUUCAUAACACUUGAACUGACGGUUUGUCUUUUUACACCCGUGGACUUUACCUCAGUACAUAUGGCCGACCGACACAGUGGACUUAUUGAAUCCGCCUGCUCCUCCUCUCUCUCUUUCUAGACCAAUCUCUCGUGCGCCCUCCUUCACUUAAUCCUCCUCCAAUUCACCAAGACCGGGGUCGAAGCCGAGGCCUGCGCCCAACUGAUGAGCUCUGUUCGUGCUGCCUAUUCCGCCUUUGAUGCCAGCGUCAGCAAGUUGCACCCCAGUCACUUUCGAUGCCUGCCAUUUGUCCAGCCCCCACAGACUGCUGCAUCUCCCCUGCCCUGGUUGAGGCAAUUCAUGUGUCCCCUGCCCAUCGUCGACAGCGAACGCACCCUCUGCAGCCUCCUCGCUGGUCUCGCAACCUACACGGCUCAGCUCUACCUUUUCCUCCUCCGGUCCGAGAACGGGGCUGCUUGUUCGGUGAGUGCGGUUUUGGGCGGGCUGUGCGAUGAGCGCGAGGCGGCUUAUGAAACAUUGUAUAUCUGCCCGCAAACGUAACUGACACUUUAGCGAUAGUGUGAUGCUAACAUGACUUCAUUUCACACUUGACUGGGCCUUUAGGUAGUAUUUAUUUCGGGAGUACGGUGUGACCAGCUGUCAUACUAAAUCAUACUACUAUUAGUACUACUUGUUUGUAGGAUGGGCAUUACGUGGUUAUCCCACAAUAGUUGAUUGUCUUCAACUCAAAUGUUCAUUUAAAUUUCUGUUUUGAUCCUAAAAAGUCAUGUCCCGGAGCAUUUACUCCAUAUCGUGCACUUAGUGAUUUCUGAAUUUAUUCGCUUGAUUAUUCUCUUGAAUUCAUAUGUCAGAAACCGCAUAGAGAACGCUGGGGAAUUUACUGAGAGGCCGGCCCCAUGCAGCUGUGUCACCCAGCGGCAGAAUAUCGACGAAACACGCGUCUGGUCUCUUAACUAGUAUCUAUGCUGGGAAUGCGCUAUAGUGUCCUUACAAUGGAUCGGUGUGCGCCCAUUCCUGAGUGAAUAAAUACCCGAUCUGCAGCAACAGAGAAUGGCAGGUGGCGAGGCACUGAUGAACUUCGGUUCGAUGAAGUGCUUAUAACCCAUCUGGUAGACCCCAGUGGUGGACCAGCUGCGCCAGGUGCGUUUGUACGCAUGUUUGUGUUUCUGGUACCAGCUGCUGGUGGUCAGGGUUAUGAUUGGCUGAAUGAAGGCAAACAAGCCCGAAACAGUGCUGUAUCAAUCUACUCCCCAGACUCUGUCGUCUCCCCUCUGAUAUAUACAUAUAUGUAUAUUUUAAUAAGAGGUGGUAUUUAUACGUAUGGUGUUCUACGCGGCUUUCCAUGCUGUCUGGAAUCAAAUACGAGUAUCGUCGACGUUUGAUUUUGCCUUUUUUAGAUUUCGAAAUCUCCAAUUCGUCGCAAUCACUCGGUCUCUGUCUCGGCUUCCUCUUACCUUUCUAAUGGCAAGCCCUCGGUGGCUAACGGUUCCGGUGGAUCUUUUGAGGUUAAUAUGUGUAAUUGUUCUCCUCUGCGUCCCUUUUUUCCUUGUUUUACGAAUGCAGAAUCAGUAGGUUACCUUUGGUUUAUUUGCCAACAAAUGUUGAGCCAUUCAACACGAAGUCAGGCAUCGCACAUUGUCUACACUUAUACGUGUAGUUUCGACAAAAUUUCGGCGGAAGAGUCGUUGGCGACAAUGCGCGAUCUAUGGAGUUCGAAUCAUGAUCCCAGGAAGAAAACUGAUAACAGCUGUAACGCGUUUUUAUAAAGCUAACUUACGUGGUAAGUGAUAGAUGCAGGCAUCAAGCAGAACCUGGAACCUGUGAGUGUUAUGUCAUAAAGGACUAUCAAAUGUGGGGGCAUGUGGAAGCAUAAAGGAGUUACUAAAAUUUAGGAUUUCGGGAUACAUUCCCCUCCCCUUUUGUGCUAAAUUUGGAGAACGUUCAUUACAUAAUGUGGUUCAUUAAGCAUGCGUAAAUGUUUAGAAAAUCAGAAACCGGCUCAAUGCAUCCAUUAAAACUCCCAGUUAGCAAUUGAUCACAAUAAAUUAAUGAGCAAAGCGAGUUUAAAAUAUGAUAUCAUGUUGGUAUAGCAGUUAGAGUGUCGUUCAACAAUCGCUCUAUGUGCACACAGCUCAGCUGUUUGAGGACUUAUCAGACCAUGUGAUAAUUUCCGACGACCGAAACCAAUACGGAGGACGAUUUUCCGCAUUAGUUUUAGCACCGGGCCUCUCACCUCGUUCAACAGGCCUCGUGAGGGGUAGUUGCUAGAACUAAUCCAAGUCUUCUCAAGAUCCUGUUUCGUAGCCGUACCUAUCAAGGGUUUGGGGUUAGGUUGGGCUUGUCUGCUGCACGUACGGCUACGAAAUAAGAUCCGACCCAAGUCUUUUUUAAUCGAGGCGAGUCAACUUCGCCAGCUCGCAUCUUUUGAGAUAAGCAACAUCCUCUACUCUAAAAGGGCGAAAUAAUACCCUAGCCAAAUUCGUCUGGUGAUUUGCACCUUUGCUACUAUUUAAAGUUUCAGUAGACCAAUCCAAGGGCGUUAGUAUUUCAGGAUGGGAAGAUCAAUUGUUCGAAAUAGCUUUCGCUUAGUUUUAUUGCGGAAACCGUCCAUCUGGGAGGCAUUGUCAAAAAUACGAUCUGUCCACGCUGGAGUAAAAUCCUGGCUGUGACUGGCUGAUUUCGAUAGCAGUAUCUGUCGAGGAGGUGGCCGCCACUAAGGGAAUUGAGAAUGCAGGACGCGUAGCUGGGUCGAAACACCACGCGACAGCCUACAUCCUACCGAGCCAUCUUAUCAUUGGCUCGGCCGAUUACUCUUGCCUUUUCAAAGGCGAAAUUAUGGUUCUGCUGUUUGACGUGGCCAUAAACCAUAGACAGCUUGUCCUUGCGGUUGAUUGCAAGCUGGUGUUCAUGCAAUCUUGUGCCCAGACGUUUGCCCGUUUCACCAACAUACCUUGCAUCACAGUUUUGGCAUGGUAUGCUGUAGACCACCGCUGAUUGUUCUGUCACUGGUAGCGGGUCUUUGGGCCUCAUUAUUUGCUGUCUGAUUGUUAACUCUGGCUGAAGCAAUCAAAACCAGCAGGAACAGUCAGCGCAUUACUCUGAUGAUGGAGACGAGAGGGUUUCCGAAACGUCAGUACAAAUAUAACUCGGUCCACGAACUCGCCCUAUCUACUUCUUCGUCUUCUUCGGGGGAUGAUGAACGCGAUGCAAUAUCUGGACCUCGAAUCUUUGCCCAUAUCGACUUAAUUUUGUAUACUUUUCCUUCCUGUAGGCCUCUAGCUUGGAUUGUGACGCGGCUGGCAAACCGAACAGGCGACUCUCCCAGAAGCUGGACUCCAUCCGUGAUCUCUUCCAUGUUAGGAGCAGCCAUUCCGCUGGCUCCCGCAAAGUCUCCAGUCCACCUUUGCGUCGCACCUCCGAUGCCUCCACUAGCACCCUCCGUCCCGACGAUCAGGGCAUGCAGGACGCUGAGGCACGUCGUUGUUGCACUGCCCAGCUGUUGGCCGCAAUGUCGGACAGCUUCCUGGCCUACGCCAACCCGGCUACUGGUGACCCCGCCGCACUGCAUGCCGUUUUCACCGAAAAUGUGGCCCGUCUGAUUGCAGUGGCGGACCACGUGUCUUUGCGACGGGCCCUGGCCAAUUGGUUUCUGCACAUAGUCAGUCCCAGUGUGGGUUCACCCGCCGUCUCUGCCGCGAGUGUUUCAUCCUAG